UUUGACAUUUGAAGGAUUGUCUUAUUUAUCAUGGACUAAUAUCCUCUAAUGAAUUACUCACGAUGUUCUUUGAGAAGGGGUGGCUUUUACUUUGGCUUUCUAGUAAACAAGCUUGACUCUCAGAGAUGUAGGUAUGGAUUAUAAUAUGUUUGUUUUUUUAAACAAUAAUUUCAUUGAUCUGGCGUAGGAUAUCUCACCAGCCAUAUAUGAGAGAUGAUAAAGUCUCGUUCCCUGAGUUCUUCUUUUUCCUCGGAUGAAAAUCCUCAGAUGAGCAUUUUCUCAAGUGCGGAUGGAGCUCUGUGCUCUGUGCACUGAGCACUGCCUUCAGCUGUGCCUCUUUGUUUAUCUAAGAAGGGGGCUAGAUUCUAACUCAGAUUGGUUUUGCUAUAGGUUGGUGACCCCAAAAUAUAUCAAAUGCAUCAUGGUUGGUAAUUUUAUAUGUCCGACACCAAGAAAUAUAAUGUCAGGGUUACCAUGGCAACUGCAUGUGUUCUGAAAAGCUUGUGAAUGGGCUCGGAACCUUCUGGCAUUUUAACUGAGAUUUUCCAGCUGAGAGUCUGAAUACAUGAUCAGUGUAAAUAAAUUCAGCUUUCUGUGGAGAAGACAUCCUGUUUCCGGAGUUGACUGCCCUGCUCAGUUCUUUCUCUUGUAACAUCUACCUUGCCUCUUGGUUCCCAGUCACAGGCUAUGUGAAAGCUUGUUUUCAGCCUCAGGUUGGGGAGCCAUCUGACCACAGUUACAAAAGGACCAUGUAGAAUGGAUCCAUUGCCGGAUAGUCCCCUCACCCCAAACUGUACUUGUAGCUUCAUGUCCUACUGUGGUGUGGUGUUCUGGUGGAGCUUGCUGUCCAUCUGAAGAACUUCUUUCUAGAAGUUUCCAGCUCCAGAGAGCCUGACUUGCUGUUUGGUUGGUUUGGGGAAGGAGGUCCUAGUGAGCAAGCUUAUGUGAAUUAUAAUGGAGGACCAAUUGGCUUUAUGAUCAAAGGGUUGUUGGCAGCAUUUAUAGCCAGUUCAUUCCCCAAGCUGAGCAUGGUACAUACACCUUUGCUCUUAGUACUCAGCACUCAUGAGGCAGAGGUGGCAGAUCUCUGGGAGUUCAAGGCCAGCCUGGUCUGUGUGUUGAGUUCCAUGCCAGGCAUAGCUGGAAAGAACUAUCAAACAACAAAAAGCAAAACAAACAAGCAGUCCUCCUUGUAUAUUCAAACAACCUUGAAGUCCCUUUGGAGACAAGGUCUUGCUUUAAAGCCCUAGUGUGCUUGAACUUACUAUGUUUACCUGUUUGGUGUAGAACUCAGAAUUAUAUGGUAUAACUGUUAAUUUGAUAGUAAGCUAGUCUUUGAACCACCCACUAGUGGGUAUAUUGCAGUGGCUUACCUCUGGGCCUCAUUUGGGAUAUUUGGGAUCUUUGACUGAUUCUGUUCUUUAAUUUUAGAUGAGAAAACUGAGGCCCAAAGAAGCUAUGUCCUUGGUUAGGGUCCCAGAGUAGGUUGGUUUGAAAAAGAGUAGGUGCUCCUGCUCCUGGAUGUCUGCUCCCUGAGGCUCACGCCCUGACAGAAUCUGCUCUCAGCUCAUACUUCUGUUUGCCUUUUGUCAGAAGCGGGUCUUUCAUAAUCUCAGCUCUAACUUAGAGAACUCUUCAAUUUAAAUUUUAAAAACUUUUUUCUACAUUUUUUUCUUUCUUUCAUCAUUUAAUAAUUUCUGCUCAGUAUGCUGAUACUGAUACAUCCGUGGGGAGGACAUGACCUCUGCCCUGUGUGCCCCUUGCUGUGAUGAGAGAGCUCGUGGCUGUCCACAUGAGUUCUGGAUCGAGGGGCUGAGGAGAUGGCGCAGCUGAUAAAGUACUCACCAUGCGAGCAUCAAGACCCAGGCUUAAAAGCAGUGCUAAGGCUGGGGUGGACGUAGGGCUGUCUACCAAGUCCCCAGCUCGGGUUGUCAGCGACCUUGUCUGAAACUCGGAGGUGGAGGAAGGCGUCCAUUGUCAGUCUCCUGCCACCACAGCACACACUCUCACACUGAUGAAGGCAGAGCGACAUAAUGAUAGCAGUCCUGAUCUAUUUCAUGAAGUAAGGGGUCGUACUCUCAGAAGUUGAAAUGCGAAUUGAUUUUCCAGCCAGAUUGUGCUUGACCUUGGUUUUUAAUUUUCUGGUGUUUAAAAAUUAAGAUUUCAGAGGGCUGGAGAGAUGCCUUGGUGGUUAAGAGCACUGGGUGCUCUUGUAGAGGACCGGCGUUCAGUUCCCCAUCCACAUGGCCCCUCAUAACCAUUUGUAACUUCUGUUCCAGGGAAUCCAGUGCACUUCAUGGGUACCACCAGCCUUAUAUGUUUUAUAUGUGGUACAUGUACAUAUACAUACAUAUACAUGCAGGCAAAAUACUCAUACACAUAAAAUAUUCUCUAAAAAAUUAAGAUUUUUAUUGUAGGUCACAUAAGGUGAUGAAUUGUAUUUUUUUCUCUUAAUCUUUUUUUUUAAAGAUGUAUUUAUUUUAUUUAUAUGAGUACACUGUAGCUGUCUUCAGACACACCAGAAGGUGGCAUCAGAUCCCAUUACAGAUGGUCGUGAGCCACCAUGUGGUUGCUGAGAAUUGAACUCAGGACCUCUGGAAGAGCAGUCAGUGCUCUUAACCACAGCCAUCUCUCCAGCCCCUCAAUCUUCAUUCUUUUUCUUCCUUCCUGUCUUCUUUUCUUUUCCUUUCUUUUCUUUCUUUUAAUUUUUUUGUUUUUAAAUUAAAGACAGGGUCUCUCUAUGUAGCUCUGAUCAUCCCUGGUCAUCCUAGAACUCAUUGUGUAGACCGGGCUGGUCUUAAACUCACAGAAUGCUUGCCUUCCAGUGCUGGGAUUAAAGGUGUGCAUCAUCACACCUGGUUUCCUCCUCCUCCUUAAACAAACAAACAAAUAAAAUUAUUUUCUUUGUAUGAGUGUCACUUGUAGACAUGAGUACAUGUCUGGACUCACAGAGACCAGAAGUGCAGGAUCCUCUGGAACUGGAGUUGUGGAUUGUUGUAAGCUACCCUGAAGGUGCUAGCUACCUAGUCCUGAUCCCCUGGAAGAUCAGCAGAUGUUCUUAAUCACUGAGUCAUGUGCCUUUAGCCUUCCUUUCUUUCUCAGCUGCUGCCUUUAUUCACCGAGCCCAUCUCACUGGCCCAAAGGGUAUUACUAACAUAAUUUAUAUAGCAUAGACUGCCUUGUUAAUACAUGGUAUUCAGUGUUGGUGUGUCCAAAAUCCUUUUUAAUUUUAGAACACUUUAGUCAACCUAAAGCUAUAGACUCUUAAUUUAUUCAGCAGACAAAUUAAGAGUGAAAAACCAGCAUCAUGACUCAUUAUGUUGAACUGUGGUCCUGUGUGCCUUGCCCUGUAAGCAGAACUUCAAACUGAAGAGUGCAGGUGGCAGCCGAGCUGUGGUGUCCAUGACUGCUGGCCUUCAGAAGCACUUUAGGUACAGGGUCCCCAUUACUUGAAGGAUAAGGCUGGCACGGCUCCGACGUCUGUGUGGAAGCUUCUCCCUCCCUUCUGAGCUUCCCUAGACUCCUUACUGCGCACGACACAGAAUUUCACUUUCCUAAGAUGGAGUCAAGCAAAAAGAUGGAUGCUGCUGGCACACUGCAGCCUAACCCACCCCUAAAGCUGCAGCCUGAUCGCGGCGCAGGGUCCGUGCUCGUGCCGGAGCAAGGAGGCUACAAGGAGAAGUUUGUGAAGGCGGUGGAAGACAAGUACAAAUGCGAGAAGUGCCGCCUGGUGCUGUGCAGCCCGAAGCAGACGGAGUGUGGCCACCGGUUCUGCGAGAGCUGCAUGGCCGCCCUGCUGAGCUCCUCCAGUCCAAAAUGCACAGCGUGCCAAGAAAGCAUCAUCAAAGACAAGGUGUUUAAGGAUAAUUGCUGCAAGAGGGAGAUUCUGGCCCUUCAGAUCUACUGUCGGAAUGAAGGCAGAGGUUGUGCGGAGCAGCUGACUCUGGGACAUCUGCUGGUGCACCUAAAAAAUGAAUGUCAGUUUGAGGAACUUCCCUGUCUGCGUGCUGACUGCAAAGAAAAAGUACUGAGAAAAGACUUACGGGAUCACGUGGAAAAGGCCUGUAAAUACCGCGAGGCCACGUGCAGUCACUGCAAGAGCCAAGUGCCCAUGAUCAAACUGCAGAAACACGAAGACACGGAUUGUCCCUGCGUGGUGGUGUCCUGCCCUCACAAGUGCAGCGUUCAGACUCUUCUAAGGAGUGAGUUGAGUGCACACUUGUCCGAGUGUGUCAAUGCCCCCAGCACCUGUAGUUUUAAGCGCUAUGGCUGCGUUUUUCAGGGUACAAACCAGCAGAUCAAGGCCCAUGAGGCCAGCUCCGCGGUACAGCACGUGAACCUGCUGAAGGAGUGGAGCAACUCCCUGGAGAAGAAGGUUUCCCUACUGCAGAAUGAAAGUGUUGAGAAAAACAAGAGCAUACAAAGCCUGCACAACCAGAUCUGCAGCUUUGAGAUCGAGAUUGAGAGGCAGAAGGAGAUGCUCCGAAACAACGAGUCCAAGAUCCUUCACCUGCAGCGGGUAAUCGACAGCCAAGCAGAGAAACUGAAAGAACUGGACAAGGAGAUCCGUCCCUUCCGGCAGAACUGGGAGGAAGCGGACAGCAUGAAGAGCAGUGUGGAGUCCCUCCAGAACCGAGUGACUGAGCUGGAGAGCGUAGACAAAAGUGCGGGGCAGGCCGCUCGCAACACAGGCUUGCUGGAGUCCCAGCUGAGCCGGCAUGACCAGAUGUUGAGUGUUCAUGACAUCCGCUUGGCCGACAUGGACCUGCGGUUCCAGGUCCUCGAAACCGCCAGCUACAAUGGGGUGCUGAUCUGGAAGAUCCGUGACUACAAGCGCCGGAAGCAGGAGGCUGUCAUGGGGAAGACCCUGUCUCUCUACAGCCAGCCUUUCUACACAGGUUAUUUUGGCUAUAAGAUGUGUGCCAGGGUCUACCUGAAUGGGGACGGAAUGGGGAAAGGGACACACUUGUCGCUGUUUUUUGUCAUUAUGCGUGGAGAAUAUGAUGCUCUGUUGCCAUGGCCGUUCAAGCAGAAAGUGACACUUAUGCUGAUGGAUCAGGGGUCCUCUCGCCGUCAUCUGGGAGAUGCGUUCAAGCCCGACCCCAACAGCAGUAGCUUCAAGAAACCCACCGGAGAGAUGAAUAUCGCCUCUGGCUGCCCAGUCUUUGUCGCCCAAACUGUUCUAGAGAACGGGACGUAUAUUAAAGAUGAUACAAUUUUUAUUAAAGUCAUAGUGGAUACCUCGGAUCUGCCUGACCCCUGACAAGAAAGCAGGGCGGUGGAUUCAGCAGAAGGUAACUCCUCUGGGGGGGGUGAGCCAGUGUCUUCACAGAGGUCCUCGCCCUCAGAAAGGACCUUGUGGGACAGAGGAAGCAGCCGGAGGAGGAGGAGGAGGUCGAGUGGCUGGCAGGAGAGCCACAUGUGAAAACAGACCCCAACGGAUUUUCUAAUAGACUAGCCACACCCACUCUGAAGGAUUAUUUAUCCAUCAACAAGAUAAAUACUGCUGUCAGAGAAGGUUUUCAUUUUCAUUUUAAAAGAUCUAGUUAAUUAAGGUGGGAACAUAUAUGCUAAAAAGAAACAUGAUUUUUCUUCCUUAACUUACACACCAAAAAGAGAACACAUGUGGAGGUAGGUGGAUGUGUCAGCAUGUUAACUUACAAGGAGAACUUGUGAAACAAUAACACAAUCCCGAUAUAUUCACCCUAAAAUUCAAGAGUGCAAUCUUGUUUCAAAUAUAGUAUAUUGUCUAUUUUUAAGGCCUCAUCUGGUCUCUGUUUUAAUAAUUUGUUUGUCAGAAGACCCUGAGUAGGCAGAAGGUCUCUAAAUUCAGAAGUCAUUUUAAUUUAAAGUUCUACAAAUAAUUGUUACUGCAAACAUUUUGUUUUAAAACGUUGAUAGACUGAUAUUUCUUGGAAGAAAAUGUAAAAUAUCAAACACUGGUUAUCACUUGUGAUAGGAAAGAGAAUAUUGAACCUGCUGUUAUUUCUCGUUAGAAAUGUAACCCUUCGAUAUCUGUCGUAGUUAGUGACACUACUUCACAAUGACUAUGAGAGGGACAAUGCUCAUGGAUGCUGUGCAUCAUUUCAGACUUACAAUUGUUUUCACCCUAAAAUAGGGCAUUAGUUGAACUUUGGAGUUCUAAACAAAAUCCUAUAGGUUUUUACAAUUCUGCCCCAUGUUUAGACAAGCUCUGUUGCUGACAGCACCAGCCUUGGUCUCCAGUGUCGGUGUCCGGGGAUAGGCAGGUGACCCGUGCCGCAGGCAGGAGGCCCCAGCGAGCAUCCCAUCCUGUCAUACUGCUGCAUCCGGCUAGCGCGCUCCGAAAGCAACAUCCGUGCUCAGAGAUGGUGGCAUACGGUACAUGUGCCUUAGAUGUGACAUGCUGCUUCUUGUCCCUGGGUUUGCGUUCACCAUGGUUCUAGAAAGUGUCAGUUUAACCAGAUCUCUCUCCACCACCAGAACUUUGUCUCUGCCAGGGCCCUCAGGCAACCCUGAACCUGCCUGGGGAUGCCAGGCCUCUGUUGGCGGCUCCUGAAGCCUCUGCUGCUAAAUGUUCACAGAUUCCAACCGUAGGCCCCCAAGAGCAGCUCAGUCCCACUCCAAGGGAGGGAGGUGUGAGCAGAAGCCACACCCUUCCAAGGUCUCUGCAAGGGCCCUGAAAUCCCCACAGCAUGAAGGAGAAGUGCCCUAGCCCCAAGCGUUCCUGAGACCACUGGUCUGAGGCCUGCCCGGGCUGGCAGCAGCAACCCUGGCCUCCCUGUGGGGAGGGCAGCCAGCUGAUGCCCAGCCUGUGAGUGCAGAGGCCCACCCUCUCAGCUCACUGUUCCCACUGUGAUGAGAAGCCUGGAGCCCUGCCCCGGUGCCCCUUUUGCUAUGCACCACACUUCACGGUGCUCUACACUGAUGGGUGCUACACGCGACAGGUGCUUCUUAGGCAAAACCAAUGUGUGCGAACCACCACAUCUGUGCCACUUGCCCAAAAGGCGCGCCCACAAUUGGCCAGCUGGGCCUGCCCUUCAGACUGCCUGCCUCUGGGCUCUCCCCAUGGUCGCACGGGGACAGCUGGGUUGGUGCCCGGUAGCCCACCUUGUCUCUGGUGCUGCCAUCUGUCCUGGGUGUGCCUUCGCCCCAGUGCCUGCUGGAAGUGCCCUCCUCUCGCACACCUGUCCCCGUGCUUCCAUGAGCGACCUCUUGGUUUCGAGCACUCACCCUGCCCUUCCAUGGCUGAAGCAUUUGGUUCGUCCCCUGCUCCCCCCUUCUCUCCAUUCUGCUGGGAUUGCUUUGGGGUAAGUCAGCAACCUUGGUUCUGCUCACAAGGAAAGACUGCAGAGCUCAUGUUCUUUCAAAGGUGCCCUCUUCUUCCUCUAGGCCUGUCACCAGGGUUCCUCCCCCAAAGACCUGGAGUUGGGGGGACCAUCCAGCAGCCCUUGGCUGGCUUCAGGAAGCUUUUCUGUGGCCAGAUGUCAGCAACGGGGCCAUCCCUGUAGCUCCCCCCUUCAGAGAAAUCAGUGCAGUAUCAACAGGUAUAGGCCAGCAGCAUUGUGUCUGACAAAAAGCAUGUCUGUCCUUAGUUUCAGACCCUUGUAUGAGGGUGACCCUGACAUGUCCUCGGGCCUGCCCUCCCUUUUAGUGAGAUUUGGUCAAGGCCCCUUCCUAUGAGAGGUGGCCCUCCUGGCUUCCCCCCAUGCCUCUAGGGUGUGUGUAAAGUAAGUGACUCUUCCCCCUGGGAUGAGGGCCCUGAACAAUGUCACAGCUUCCUGUAGUGUGUUGUGUCUAUUGCAUUUCUCGGUAACUGUAGAAUAGUGGGCAAGCUUGCCCCUUCGUGCCCUGUCUCAGUGUGUGAAGGGCAUCUCCUGGGAGGUGUGGAGCAGGCUGCGUCCUGCCUGGGUGUGCCUUGCUCCGCUCCAUCUCAGCAUUCCUUGGUGCUCACCACCCGGGGGGGGGGGGGGCAUUGUUGGGCUGUGGUCUCAGCAUAGCUGUGGCCCUGUUACCAGUCCUAGCAGCCAGCCCUCACCAUAUCACAGGGUCCUGGCCAUGAGAAACAUGGGGUGUCAUGCGGCGUGUGUACCUGGCUGUGCAAAAGUGUCAAGUGCUCAUCUUUUAAGGGGCCGGUAGUUCCAUGGCCUCUGUGGGGAAAUUGGAUACAACUCCUGCCUGCCAGGGUGGUGGUUGUACCUGUUCACAGCUGACCCUGGGAAGAUGGCAGCCACUAAGUAGCAGUGUGUCCUGAGGCCCAGCCUGUGGUUUUUGUGAAUAGCUGAAAGCCUGUGUCGGUAACAACCCAGGGCCUUCGUUGGUCAGGGAGAGGAAGUUAGACUGGGGUGCCCUGGCCGAGCCUCCUUCACCUCUUGGGGAUAGACAGAGCCAGCGGAGGCCACACAUGCAGGCCGAGUGUAAGAGGGAUGGGUGAGACUAUGAAUGAGUGUAACACACUGAGUGUGAGCUGGGCUCACACAGGAGAGCAGAGCCCAUGCCCAGCAUUCCAGGAAGCAAAGGGCUGUGAGAGGGUCCGCAUUCUAGUCCACAUCUCUUCCUUUCCUAAAGUAGCCUGUGCACAGAUGGCACCAUGUCCCUAAGACAGCACAGCCGUGAGCUGAGGGAGGUGUCUGCUUACAGCCACCGUCCGCCUCCGCCUCCUUUCUCUGCUCUUUUCCCGUUUACUCCAAGGACUGGGCAGCCCCCAGCAGGGCCUUCAGACCCAUCCCCACCAGAUCCCUUUGAAAUGUGUGGCCAGCCUCAUGAGAACCUAGCAGUCAGACAGCCCCCUGUGGAUAGCUAGCCACCUCCUUAGUCAGCCCCUGUCCCACCAGGAGUUGGGACCUCAUGCCUGCUAUCUUGGGCCUGACAUUAACUGAACAGUAUACAUAGCAAUCACCCACGGCAGGCCUGGCAACCAGUGGACAGCAUCCAGCAAAGACGAGGAUGUCUGGGCACACCAAGUAACGGGGUCCUAGGUUAGGUCUAGGUCCUGCCGGCCCAAGAGGAGACCAGGGGGAGUGCCAGGGUCAGCAGCAUGGCCCUUGCCGCCCCUCCCCCUGUGCACUGCCAUGCAUUGCAGGGACUUUUGUACCUGGCCAAGGCAUUUCCCCCCUGACAAGUGACAGGGUUGGUGAGUCCCUACUCUCCCAUACAUCCCUCUGCUUGGGAGCAUCAGUGAAUAGAGAAGGGCUUGGUGGAGUUUAGGGGACUAUUUUUUUACUUUCAAUCCAGAAGAGCUAAUGUGGGCUUCAUGCCAUCAUGACCUGAGUGUGUGUGACAAAUGAGGGUCUGACCCCCGAAUCUCCUCAGAAUAAGUCUCUGUCUUCUGUUUGCAAACCCAUAGCAGCUGUUUUCUCCAAGCUCAAAUGCGCCCACAGGGGUCUGAUCAGGUGAGGUGAUCAUUGGCAAGUGACCCAGCCGUUGCCAGCUCUCCCACCCCGGCGGCUGCUGCUGCUAGCCACGAGGACUGUGGCAUCCAGGAGUCCAUCCCCAAACCUGGACCUAUCCUAGCCUGUUGUCUGCUUGGGCACCAUUACUAGGUAGGCAGGCAAGGCAGUGACCCACACCAGAGCCAGCCCUACAGCUGAGCAGGCCCCAGCACCCAAGCAGCGGAUAUGAUCCAUUUCCCUCGCCACACCACGUCUGGAGUCUCUCCUGUGAGCUCACUGUGGAAAGGAGGUUACAAGCCCAGGUCACUGUGCUACUCCAUAGUCAGUGGCGACCAGCGUGCACCCCAAGUCCCCUUAGUCACGUAAGAAAACCUUCAAAGGCAAAUAAAUGACCUAAUUGGAAAACACAAAAGCCGGCCUUCCUUCCAAGGAUUCCCCUAAGAAUCUGUGGGCGCUCUGACUGAGUAGGUCGGGGUCAAUGCAGACAGCUGCAGACUGUUCUAAAGUUCCGUUCUUUUCUCUGAUGGCACACCUCUUGUGUUCAGUUCUAUUACCCAAAAAACAAAGACCAAAGAAGGCCAAUCUCUCAUUUGACCGUAUUUUUAAUCUGCCUGUUUUGACACAUGCCGUCUGUAGUAACCGCUCGCUGUGAGGCCCCAUCUUGACAGUCCAAGUGAUCGUGACCAGUGAUUAGCGUCCCGUGUUCUAAUGCUCUUCUAAGAAACUGAGACAGUGUGAAUUAUUGCUCAGCAAUAAUCAUGUCACCAGGAGUUAGCAGCACGCCUCAUCUCCUGAUAGCAUUAUGAUGUUUCGUAUUUUGUUUACCGUAUGUUACAUGUGGUUUCAUUUGGUAUUUAUUUGUGUUUUGAGGUCUUGCGAUGUUUCUGUUCUGCUGCUAAUAAUAAAGUUUGUAAGACUGUAGAAUGCAGAAUUUUGUAAUGCUCAAGUGUCUAUUAGAGGAAAAUAAAGCUGAUUCAAGAG